UCUCUCAAGCUCUCUUUUCCGCCUCCAGAUUGGCGGAGACUGUACGGCUCCUCCCCCGUGGUUGCCGGGCAACGCCCCGACGCGGCCGGCCUCGGCAGCGUGGACACCAGUAGCCCGCAGAGGGAAGUUUCUCAGUCUUGCCCUUGACCAUGGCUUCACUACGCAGUGCCACCCCCAAACUGAGGAACUACUUCAGGGACAACUACAUUCCUCAAAUCUGUGAGGCUCUGUUAUGUGGUUUACUUGUGACAUGUCCUGAGGAUCCACUGAGGUAUUUAGAGCACAUGAUCAUAGUCAUCAUUCAAAAUGGUCUGGAAAACCUUCUCUGGGACAUGUGCAUUGAUCCAUCACUGAAACCAAAAAUUCGAAGACUUUCUGAAACUUACCUGGAACAACUUUUUGGACUGGAUGACCAGCUGGUGACUCCAGAGUUGAUGAUAAAAGCAUGUACAUUUUACACUGGACGUUUAGUAAAGAAUCAUUUUGGUGGUUGGAGGGAACUUGCAAUACCUCGUGCAAAUCAGGAGGCUAUCUUGGCUGAAAAAAUGGACAGAGCAAUAACACAUGACAAUUUUAGAUGUCAAAAAGUAUUUUUUUAUCACUGGCUGUCUUAUGUGAUAACCUGUAGAGAAAGGCUUAUAGUUUCACUGUUACGGUUGCGACAGAUGUUCUAUGUCCAAAGGCAAAAAAUUAUCCUAGCAAAAUGGAAGGAGAAAGCCAGACACAAGAGUAAGACGAGAGAAGAUGAGUUGAUUUUAAAACAUGAACUUCAGUUGAGAAAAUGGAAGCUGAAAUCCAAAGUACCCGAGGAAAAGCUCCUUAGCCCUGAGCGGAGUUCCUCUGACACUGCUGCCGCGGCUGCGCCUGUGGAAUUUGACGUCUCAGCACUACCAGAACAAGCGAUAAUGCAGGUGGAUUUUUUGUACCUCAGUUUUAGAGAUACAAUCAUGUGUGGUCAAGUCAACCGCUCCUGGAUGGCGAUGACACAGAGAGGCUUCUUGUGGAAUGCCAUUGAUUUCUCCACAACGAAAAACAUUGCAGAUAAAUGCGUAGUGAGUACUUUGCAGAGGUGGCGUCUAACCGUGCUACGCCUGAACUUUCGAGGCUGUCUCUUCCGAACAAAAACUCUGAAAGCUGUCAGCCACUGUAAAAACCUGCAAGAGUUGAACGUCUCAGACUGCCAGUCUCUCACAGAUGAAUCAAUGAGACACAUUUCCGAGGGAUGUCCUGGGGUCCUGUAUCUCAAUCUGUCCAAUACAACUAUCACCAAUAGGACUAUGAGACUCCUGCCCAGGUACUUCCACAAUCUACAGAAUCUCAGUCUGGCUUACUGCCGAAAGUUCACGGACAAAGGCUUACAGUACCUGAACUUGGGGAACGGAUGCCACAAGCUCAUCUAUCUGGACCUUUCCGGCUGCACCCAGAUCUCAGUGCAAGGCUUCAGGAACAUUGCGAGCAGCUGCACAGGAAUCAUGCACCUGACCAUCAAUGACAUGCCAACCCUUACAGACAACUGUGUAAAAGUAUUGGUUGAGAAGUGUCCCCGUAUUUCAACGGUGGUUUUCAUUGGCUCGCCACACCUCUCUGAUUGUGCUUUCAAAGCUCUUUCUUCCUGUAACCUCAAAAAGAUCCGAUUUGAAGGAAACAAAAGGAUUACUGAUGCAUGCUUCAAAUAUAUAGACAAGAAUUAUCCAGGUAUCAAUCACAUUUACAUGGUGGACUGCAAGGCACUAACAGACAGCAGCCUUAAGUCAAUGUCAGUUUUGAAGCAAUUGACCGUAUUGAACUUGACCAAUUGUGUAAGGAUUAGUGAUAUUGGCCUGAGGCAAUUUCUUGAUGGUCCUGCAAGUGUGAGGAUAAGAGAGCUCAAUUUGACUAACUGCUCCCUCCUGGGCGACGCCUCCAUUGUUAGACUGUCAGAGCGCUGCCCUAAUUUACACUAUUUGAGUUUACGAAACUGUGAACAUUUGACUGACCUGGCAAUUGAAUGUAUUUCCGGUAUGCUAUCAUUGGUAUCAAUAGAUCUUUCUGGAACACUCAUCUCAAAUGAGAGCUUGAACAUACUCUCCAGACACAGGAAACUGAGGGAACUUUCUCUGUCUGAGUGUGCCAACAUCACUGACAUUGGAAUUCGGGCCUACUGUAAGACCUCGCUGUUCUUGGAACACUUGGAUAUCUCCUACUGUCGCCAACUGUCAGAUGACAUUAUAAAAACAGUAGCCAUUUUCUGCACGCACAUCACAUCUCUCAACAUCGCAGGAUGUCCAAAGAUUACUGAUGGAGGGUUGGAGACCUUAUCUGCAAAGUGCCAUUAUCUGCACAUUUUGGAUAUCUCUGGCUGUAUCCUACUUACAGACCAGAUCCUUCAGGACCUUCAAAUGGGCUGCAAACAACUCCGGAUCCUCAAGAUGCGAUUCUGCAGGUCCAUCACCGUGGCAGCAGCUCACAGGAUGUCCUCUGUGGUCCAGCAUCAGGAGUACAGCUCUGACGACCCUCCAAGUUGGUUUGGCUACGACUCUGAAGGAAAUCCUCUUGAAGAGACUCAAAGUAGAAUACAAACUAGAAAUUACUCGGAACUGAUAGUCAAAGAGUCAUUCAGCAGUGAUGAGGAAAGUCCAGACGCCAACCUCAUAUAGGAAAAACAAAACAUCUGGAACUGACAAUGUUUCUUCAUUUGAUGUUAAUAUUGUUAGUUGCUGGCUCCCAAUAACAGCACAAAAAAGCAGCAUGACUCUGCUUCUUACUUCAAUGGCAAAUGUCACCUUUAUCUAAUGAGAUCCCAAGGUAACCUGAUCAAGUUAUUUUCAAACAUCUAUUUAUUUAAUGUAUAUGUGUCUGUGUGUGUGCAGGAGUCCACAAAGGCCUGGAACUGGUGUUACAGAAUUCUAUGAGAGCUAUGUAGGUGCUGGGAACUGAACCUGGGUCUUCAAGGCCAGUAAAGACUUUUAUCCACCAAGCCAGCUCUGAGCAAACUAAAUUUAGAUGAGAUGAUCAGAUCCAAGGUUACAAUGUAGGAAACAGCUUGGAAAGACAUUUUUUUUUUUUUUUUUUUUAACAAGUAGGAAUUGCUUUCCUGAUAGGUGAUGGAUGACUCUGAGGAUUUGCAAAGAUUUACUAUAAAUGAUAGGGACAUACAUUUUCAAAGGAGGAGAGCUAAAAGUCAGCCCUAGAUUCAAUACCCAACAGAAGUAAAUUAAAGAGAAACAAGACCAGAAAGGGUGCUCCUGUACCAUCUCAGCUCUUUUUAUCAUGUCUGGGCUACACAAGAAUGUUAACUAUGAAAUGCCAAAAGACAAAAACAAAACACCUUUCAAUCUUCUAUGAAGAAAUGGCCUUUAAUUUCAUGUCUAAAAACUAAUUUAAUAUGCUUCUAUCAUGGGUUUUUACCAUUAUUCGAUCCAUUAUCUUCACCAUGAUAGGAUUUGAUGUUGCCAGAACAGGAGGGGUCUUUUCUGACUGCUACACACAAGCAGUGUCUGUGACAUGAGAGCAGUCACCUAUCUCUUGAAUGAGGUUAGCCUAUUUACCUACAAAUUUGAAAGAAAGUUAAACAAUUUAAAGGAUAUUAAAAAGUUUUAAAAGGCCUCUA